GGGACAGUGCAUGAGGAAGCCAACGGUUGUCGUGACGGUGAGGAUUCGGAGGAGGUCAGUUUCAGCACAACUUUUCAGUCCAGUGGCGUUGUUGAGCCAACAACUUCAGCACGCGUCAAGGUCGAGGCUCUGACGUCGGCGUCCACGAGCAAACGGCCUCGUUCUGCUUACACGAACACGCAGUUGGUAGAAUUGGAGAAGGAGUUCCACUUCUCCAACUACCUGGCCCAGCCGCGAAGGCUCGAGUUGGCUGCCCAGCUCGGUCUGAGUGAGAGACAGAUCAAAAUUUGGUUUCAAAACCGUCGAAUGAAGCAGAAAAAAGAGACCAGGGAGACGGAAAAGAUCAAGGCCAGGUUAGUUGAAAGGCAAGAGUGCUCGUCUAUCACUCUGGUUCACAUGAAGUGA